GCCGGGGGCUUCACCGCCUCCUCUGCUCCUAGCCAGCGUCUCUUCUCACUCGGGUCGCUAUCCAGGAGGGAGAGCGGUAGCAAUUUUUGCAGCUCCGGAGCAAUGACCGGGGCAGCUUUGCCUCCUCUCUUGGUUCUCACCGCGUUUUUACUGACCCGGUGCAGCACUCAAGUUCUGCAGCAGCAGCAGCAAUUGGCAGCGCCGCAGCAACGAGGUUUGUUUCCAGCAGUGCUAAACUUGGCUUCUAAUGCACUUAUCACAACAAAUGCUACCUGUGGUCAAAGGGGUCCUGAAAUGUACUGCAAGUUGGUGGAACAUGUACCUGGACAACCGGUGAAAAAUCCUCAAUGUCGGAUUUGUGACCAACACAGUAGGAUUCCAAACUUGCGACACCCAAUAACAAAUGCAAUUGAUGGCAAGAAUACCUGGUGGCAAAGUCCUAGCAUUCAAAAUGGGAUGGAAUAUCACUAUGUGACCAUCACACUGGAUCUGCGACAGGUAUUCCAGAUUGCCUAUGUCAUUGUAAAAUCAGCUAAUUCACCAAGACCUGGAAAUUGGAUUUUGGAACGCUCAUUGGAUGGUAUCAACUAUCAACCCUGGCAGUACUAUGCUAUCACAGACACAGAAUGUCUUACUCGCUACAACAUUCCUCCUCGUACUGGACCUCCAUCAUAUGCAAAAGAUGAUGAAGUCAUAUGCACCUCAUAUUACUCCAAGAUCCAUCCACUGGAGAAUGGUGAGAUUCACACGUCUUUGAUCAAUGGACGGCCAAGUGCUGAUGACCCUUCUCCAGCACUGUUAGAAUUUACCUCUGCUCGCUUUAUUCGUAUGAGAUUUCAGAGGAUAAGGACGCUGAAUGCUGAUUUAAUGAUGCUUGCAUACAGAGAUCCCAAAGAAAUUGAUCCAAUAGUUACAAGGAGGUAUUAUUAUUCUGUUAAAGAUAUCUCCGUUGGUGGAAUGUGCAUCUGUUACGGCCAUGCAAGGGCAUGCCCAUUGAAUUCAGCUACUAAUAGAUCAUCAUGCGCAUGUGAACACAACACAUGUGGAGAAAGCUGUGAUCGGUGCUGCCCUGGAUUUAAUCAGAAGCCUUGGCGAGCUGGGACUUUUCUUGUGAAGCAUGAGUGUGAAGCAUGCAAUUGUCAUGGGAAGGCUGAAGAAUGCUACUAUGAUCAGACUGUGGCAGACAAAAAGCAGAGUCUGAAUAUCCAUGGGGAAUACAUUGGAGGUGGAGUGUGCAUUAACUGCACACAAAACACUGCAGGCAUCAAUUGUGAAACUUGCAUUGAUGGAUACUUCAGGCCCAAAGAGGUUCUGCCUCAUGACCGUAACCCAUGCCAACAGUGUCAUUGUGAUUCCAUUGGCUGUUUAAAUGGCACUUGUGUGAAGGAUGAGAAAGAGGCUACAGGAGACCUGCUUCCUGGAUUCUGCCACUGUAAACCUGGCUAUGCGGGACAGAGGUGUGACAGAUGCUUAUUAGGUUACAAGGGCUACCCUCACUGUGCACCCUGCAACUGUUCUCUGAAAGGCAGUUUAAAUGAUGACCCCUGCCUAGGACCAUGCAUCUGCAAGGAUCACGUUGAAGGAGAGAACUGUGAUCGUUGUAAAGCUGGCUUCUUUAACCUGCAGCAAGACAACCCCAGAGGCUGUGAAGAAUGUUUCUGCUCGGGAGUAACAAAUGACUGUGUGGGCUCUCAUUGGAACUACAACACUAUUGGGAGCAUGACUGACUGGUACCUGACAGAUGUACCUGGUCUCGUUCGAGUUACUCCUCAGCAGGACAGCUUUGAUGGACCCCAGCAGCUUAGCAUCAACAAUGUGGCUGCAAGAACUGUACUGCCGCUGAUUUAUUAUUGGAGUGCACCCAGUCCUUACUUGGGUGACAAAAUAACAGCUGCUGGAGGCCUUCUGAAAUUUACCAUCUCAUACGAUCUCAUUGGAGAAGAAGAUGCUGCUGAAGCAAUGCUUCAAUCUGAUGUCAUCAUAGAGGGAAGUGGCUUGAGAAUCAGUACAUCACAAGAGGGAAUUCAUCUGAACCCAUUUGAAGAACACACUGAAGAAGUCUUGAUAAAGCACGAUUUAUUUAUGCUGCAUGGUACUGACCUGUCCAUCAGCAAAAGGGAAUUCAUGACUGUGCUGGCAAAUAUAAAGAGACUCCUUAUAAGAGCCACAUACAGCUAUGGGAUGAAUGCCAUCUACAGGUUGAGUGGUGUCAGCCUAGAAGCUGCUGAUCGCUUUUCAACUGGGCAGAAAUAUGCAUCUGCAGUAGAAGUUUGCCAGUGUCCUCCAGGUUAUUCUGGUACCUCUUGUGAAAAGAAAGAUCACGCUAAAACCUCCUUUAGUCUUGCACCUGCCAGUUCAGUAAAGUCCUGUUGGCCAAGGCACAGGAGAGUGAACGGUACUAUUAUUGGGGGAAUCUGUAGGCCAUGCACAUGCUUUGGACAUGCGGAGGCUUGUGAUGAUAUCACGGGACAAUGCCUGGACUGCAAGCACAACACAGGUGGCCCAUACUGUGAUAGAUGUCUUCCUGGUUUCUAUGGAGAUGCUACUACAGGGAAACCUGAUGAUUGUCAACUGUGUGCUUGUCCACUGAGUAUCCCUUCAAACAAUUUUAGCCCAACGUGCCAUUUGGAGCGAAGUCGUGGAUUAAUAUGUGAUGAAUGCCCUGUUGGGUAUUCUGGCUCACGCUGUGAAAGGUGUGCAGAAGGCUAUUUUGGACAACCUUUAAUACCAGGGUCAUCGUGCCAGCCCUGCCAGUGCAAUGACAACCUCGAUUUCUCCAUUCUUGGCAGCUGUGACAGCUUGUCUGGAGCUUGUCUGAUAUGUAAGCCAGGUACAACAGGCCAAUACUGUGAGAAGUGCGCUGAUGGAUAUUUCGGAGAUGCUCUCGAUGCAAAGAACUGUCAACCUUGCCGCUGUAACAUCAAUGGCUCAUUCUCAGAAAUUUGCAAUAUGCAGACUGGACAAUGUGAUUGCAAGCCCAGCAUUGUAGGGCGUCGAUGUGAUGAGUGUAAGCCCAACUACUUUUGGGCUACAGAAAAUCAGUUCUGCGUACCAUGUGGCUGCAAUCCUCUAGGAUCUAUGUCACCACACUGUGAUGUGUCAGGGAGAUGUAUCUGUAAAUCAGGAUUUGCAGGUAAACGAUGUGAACUGAGCAGGCAGAUAUAUAUACGGAAAGAGAACCCACCAGCCUCCCAGCAAAUCCAAGUGCCUCCUUCAAGAAGGGGUUUUAUAAGUGCAAGCGGAUGCCCUCGGGGUGCUUUCAGACCUGCCACUUUGCCUGGAACCUUUGGCGUACAAUCAUCCAGAGGCUGUGUUCCAUGCAACUGUAAUUCAUUUGGAUCUAAAUCCUUUGACUGUGAUGAAACUGGACAGUGCCAUUGCCAACCAGGUGUUGCUGGAAAGAAGUGUGACCGCUGUGCUCACGGAUUUUAUGGCUUCGAUGAAGGAGGAUGCACCCCUUGUGACUGUGCCCACCUUGGUAAUAAUUGUGAUCCACACACUGGCCGUUGUAUCUGCCCUCCCAAUACUGUUGGAGAGAGAUGUGAUAAAUGUGCACCGAACUCCUGGGGUCAUGACAUUGUCAGUGGGUGCAAGGCUUGCGAUUGCAGUGUGGCUGGAUCCCUUAGUUUACAGUGUAACCCUGAUACUGGCUGCUGUUUCUGCCGCCCAGAAUUCUCUGGGGAUAAAUGCACUGAAUGCAGGCUGGGAUAUCGAAACUAUCCACAAUGCAUUACCUGUGAAUGCUUGACAGCAGGAACUGAGCAACAUACUUGCGAUUCAGAAAUGGAAAAAUGCUCAUGUGCUGAUCACACAGGACAAUGCACUUGUAAGGUUAACGUGGAGGGUGUCUACUGUGACAGGUGCAAACCGGGCAGGUUUGGACUCUAUGCCAGGAAUCCACUUGGCUGCAGCAGCUGCUACUGCUUUGGUGUGACAUCCCAGUGCAGCGAGGCACAGGGGCUGGUCCGCGUGUGGUUGACCUUGAAGCCAGAUCAGGUAAUCCUUCCUCUGGUUGAUGAAAAUGCCCAGCACCAAACUGUACAAGGGAUUGAAUACCAACAUCCAGAGACUGUUGCAGAUGUUGAAUUGGUGAUGAAGGAGCUACGCUCAGAACCAUUUUAUUGGAGACUUCCAGAACAGUUUGAAGGACGAAAGCUGACUGCCUAUGGGGGUCGGCUGAAAUAUGCAAUCUACUUUGAAGCACGAGAAGAAACUGGCUUUGCAACCUAUAACCCCCAGGUCAUAAUCAGAGGUGGGCUUCCCACAAACACCAGAAUAAUCGUCAGGCAUGUAGCUGCUCCUUUGAUCGGUCAGUUGACAAGGCAUGAUAUCGAAAUGACAGAGCAUGAAUGGAAAUAUUAUGGAGAUGACCCCAGGAUCACUAGAACUGUGACGCGUGAGGACUUCAUGAACGUCCUGUACAACGUUCAUUAUAUACUUAUUAAGGCUAGUCAUGGCAGCUUCAUGAGGAAAAGCAGAAUAUCUGAAAUCUCUUUGGAAGUUUCAGAGGAAGGAAACAUAUCAGGAAGAACUCCUCGUGCUCAGUUGAUUGAGAAAUGUGACUGCCCUUUGGGUUAUACUGGUUUGUCAUGUGAGGUAUGCUCCCCAGGUUUUUAUAGACUCGCUUCCACAUCAGCUAGCAGAAGACCAGGUCCUGCUUUAGGUGCCUGUGUGCCGUGUCAGUGUCAUGGGCAUAGUGACAUGUGUGAUCCUGAAACCUCUGUUUGUCAGAACUGCCAUCAUAACACCAGUGGUGACCACUGUGAAAGGUGUGCUGUUGGGUUCUAUGGGAUUGUUAGAGGCACUCCUGAAGACUGCAGGCCUUGUGCAUGCCCUUUGCCUAUCUCCAGCAACAAUUUUAGUCCUUCAUGUGUCUUAGAAGGAACCAGUGAUUAUCGAUGUACUGCUUGCCCAGUUGGAUAUGAAGGACAGUACUGUGAAAGGUGUUCCUCUGGUUAUACUGGGAAUCCAAAAAUUCCAGGUGGAUCUUGUCAAGAAUGUGAGUGUAAUCCAUAUGGUUCGCUGCCUGUUCCCUGUGAUCCUGUCACUGGACAGUGCAUGUGCAGACCUGGAUCAACUGGGUGGAAGUGUGCUGGCUGUGAACCCUGGCAUGCUCGUGAAGGCAUAGCAUGCGUGUCUUGUGAUGAUGAGUGCACUGGAGUCCUUCUCCGUGACUUGGAUCAGCUACACCAGAUGGUUUUGAGUGUCAAUCUCAGUGGCCCGCUUCAACCCCCAUAUAAAAUGCUGUAUUCUUUUGAGAAUACAACCCAGGAACUAAAGCAUUUAUUGUCACCACAACGAGCACCAGAGAGACUCCUCCAGUUGGCACAGAAGAACUUGGAUACCCUUGUGACAGAAAUGGAUGAACUUUUAACUAGGGCAACCAAGGUGACAGCGGAUGGGGAGCAAACCGGACAGGAUGCCGAGAGGACUAAUGAGAGAGCAAAGAGGCUUGGACAGUUCAUCAAGGGCACCCUUCAGGCUGCAGAAGCUGCAAAUGAAACUGCUUUAAAACUGAAUGAGACACUUGGAACCCCUGAUAAGCCCUUGGAUAAAAGUCUUCUGGAAUUACAGAGAGAAGUUGAUAAAAUGAUGGCAGAACUCAGAAGAAGAAAACUGCAAGUGCAAGAGGAAGCUGCCCAAGAUGAAUUAGAAGAGGCAGAAGCCCUCUUGAAGAGAGUGAGUAAAUUGUUUGGAGAGCCAAGGAAGAAAACAGAAGAGCUCAAGAAUGAAGUCAGAGACAAGCUGGCAGACUACCAAGAGAAAGCUAACGAUGCUCUGGACCUGCUGAGAGAAGCAACCAAUAAAAUUAGAGAGGCAGAUAGAUUGUCUGCAAUCAACCAAGGAAACAUGACUGCGGUGGAUAAAAAGAAGCAAGCUGUAGAAGAUGGAAGACAGGAGGCUGAAAAUACUAUAAAAGAAGGGAAUGACAUUCUUAAUGAGGCUAAUGACCUUGCAAAUGAAAUCAAUUUAGCUGUAGAGUAUGUGGAUGAUGUUCGGGACAAAAUAGGUCCAUUGUCUGAUGAGCUGAAGGACAAAAUAGAUGAUCUGUCUCAAGAUGUCAAAGACAGGAGACUUCCAGAAAAAGUGUUGGAGGCAGAGAGUCAUGCAGCUCAACUAAAUGAUUCAUCUGCAGUAUUGGAUGGGAUCCUCGAUGAAGCUAAAAACCUCUCAUUCAAUGCCACAAUAGCUUUCAAGGCCUACAGCAACAUCAAGGACUAUAUUGAUGAAGCUGAUGGAAUUGCCAGAGGAGCCAAAGCCCGUGCCAAUGAAGCCAUACAACUGGCAUCUGGUCCAGAAGGAUCAUUAAAGGAUGGUGCCAAGAGUGCUCUGCAAAAAAGCUUCAGGGUUCUUAAUGAUGCCAACAGGCAAGCAAAUGAAAUUAAAGAAAAUGGGGAUAAUCUAAAAGGCAUGCAGAAUAGGUUGAAAGAUGCUGAGGAAAAGAACUCUGAUCUCCUGAGAGCUUUGAAUGACACAUUGGGGAAACUGUCAGGAAUUCCUAAUGAUACAGCAGCCAAGGUGCAAGCAGUCAAAGACAAAGCCAAGCAAGCUAAUGACACGGCAAAUGAUGUACUGGCCAGGAUCAGAGAUCUCAACAAGAAUCUCCUUGGUGUAAAAGACAACUACAAAAAACUUGCAGAUGAUGUAACAAAAACAAAUGCUGUCGUGAAAGAUCCCUCCAAAAACAUUGCUGAUGCAGAUGACACUGUUAAAAAUCUGGAAAAGGAAGCAGAUCGGCUGAUGGAUAAACUCAAACCAAUCAAACAACUUCAGGAUAACUUGGGGAAAAACAUCUCUCAAAUCAAAGAAUUGAUAAAUCAAGCAAGGAAACAAGCCAACUCUAUUAAAGUUUCUGUGUCUUCUGGAGGCAACUGCAUUCGCACAUACAGGCCAGAGAUAAAGAAAGGAAGCUACAACACUGUCAUUCUCAAUGUAAAGACAACAGUUGCAGACAAUCUACUUUUUUAUCUUGGAAGUAACCGAUUUACUGACUUUUUGGCCAUAGAAAUGCGUAAAGGCAAAGUGGAUUUCUUGUGGGAUGUGGGAUCUGGAGUUGGGCGCAUUGAGUAUCCAGAUUUGACAAUAGAUGAUGGAUUUUGGUACCGAAUUGAAGCAUCAAGGACUGGACGAAAUGGAACAAUUUCAGUACGGGCACUGGAAGGUCCUAAAGCCAGCAUUGUACCAAGCACCUUCAGUGCUAUUUCUCCACCUGGUUACACCAUUCUGGACGUGGAUGCAAAUGCUAUGUUGUUUGUUGGAGGUCUGACUGGGAAAAUAAAGAAAUCUGAUGCUGUGAGAGUCACUACUUUCACUGGAUGUAUGGGGGAGACUUAUUUAGACAGCAAACCAAUAGGAUUGUGGAAUUUCAGAGACAUUGAGGGAGAAUGUAAAGGAUGUGCAGUAAGUCCACAGGUGGCAGACAGUGAGGGAACUGUUCAAUUUGAUGGAGAGGGGUAUGCUACAGUGAGCCGCCCAGUAAGAUGGAACCCAAAUAUCUCCAUGGUCAUGUUCAAGUUCAAGACAUUCUCUUCCACUGCUCUUCUGAUGUACCUUGCUACACAAGACUUGAAAGAUUUCAUGAGCAUAGAGCUCAGUGAUGGGCGCAUUAAAGUCAGUUAUGAUCUAGGUUCAGGAACAGCUUCUGUUAUCGGCAACCAGAACCACAAUGAUGGGAAAUGGAAAUCAUUCACCUUGUCAAGAAUUCUAAAACAAGCAAACAUAUCCGUUGUAGACAUAGACUCAAACCAGGAAGAGAUCAUAUCAACAACUUCUACAGGGAAACACUUUGGCCUCAACUUGAAAGCCAAUGAGCCAAUAUAUUUUGGUGGAUUGCCAACACUGAGAAAUCUAAGGCCUGAAGUAAAUUUAAAGAAAUACUCGGGCUGCCUCAAAGAUAUUGAAAUUUCCCGGACCCCGUACAAUCUUUUAAGCAGUCCUGACUAUGUUGGCAUUACCAAAGGAUGUACCCUAGAGAAUGUCUACACAGUCAGCUUCCCUAAACCAGGCUUUGUGGAGCUGCCACCUAUUUCACUUGAUGUGGGAACAGAAAUCAACUUGUCUUUCAGCACUAGGAAUGAAUCUGGCAUCAUACUCUUUGGUACUAAUGGGGCCCCUGUAACCCCAAGAAGAAAACGCAGGCAGACUGGGCAGAUCUAUUAUGCAGUGUUUCUAAACAGAGGUCGACUAGAAGUGCACAUCUCUACAGGGACAAAGGACCCUCGCAGGCUAACCAUCAAGCCUGAAUCUGGCGAAUUUCAUGAUGGCCGAGAACAUUCCAUCCGGAUAGAAAGACUUGGAGGACUAUUUGCUAUACAAGUAGAUGAAGACAGAAGCCAGUUUCAGAGACUCCAAACAGACCAACCUAUUUCCGUUAAGAAGCUUUUUGUGGGAGGGACACCACCUGAGUUUCACACAGCCCCAAUCAGAAACAUUCCUCCUUUUGAAGGCUGUAUAUGGAAUCUUGUCAUCAACGCUGUUCCAAUGGAUUUCGCCCAGCCAGUGUCAUUUGAAAAUGCAGAUAUUGGCCAAUGUCCUGAUCAAGGACCACUGCCUGAAAAGGAAGAAGAUAAAAUUUCCCGCACCACAGACUUGGUCCAUCCAGAAUCAGAUGCUAAGGAGAAGAAAGAAAUUGCAACUCCUCCUCCUCUACCACCCUUACCACCGUCACAUGAUUUGCUUGCUGCUGAAGUGAAGAGCGCCCAUAUUUCAGCUGCUGUUGAUGUCCUGACGGAAUUUUGUGCUGCUGAUACGGAGCCAAUUGCCUUAGAGGGUGGCAAGCAGUUUGGUCUCUCAAGGAACAGCCACAUUGCAAUUGCAUUUGAUGACACCAAAGUAAAGAAUCGACUCACAAUUGAAUUUGAGAUCAAAACGAAGGCUGAAUCUGGCUUGGUUUUUUACAUGGCCCGAAUCAACCAUGCUGAUUUUGCCACUGUUCAGAUACAGAAUGGUUUCCCAUACUUCAAAUAUGACUUGGGAAGUGGGAACACCAGCACAGUGAUUCCCAGCAAAAUAAAUGAUGGCCAGUGGCACAAGAUAAAUAUAAUCCGAUCCAAACAAGAAGGUGUUCUUGUAGUUGAUGAUGCCAGAAAUAGCACAACUAGCCCGAAGAAAGCAGAUAUUUUGGAUGUUGUGGGAAUGCUGUAUGUUGGAGGAUUGCCUAUUAACUAUACAACAAAAAGAAUUGGUCCAGUUGUCUAUAGCAUUGAUGGCUGUGUCCGAAAUUUUCACAUGACAGAGUCGCCUGUUAACCUGAAUAAUCCUACUUCUAGUUAUAAUGUUGGGAAAUGCUUUGCCAAUGCACAGGAAGGAACAUAUUUUGAUGGAACAGGGUUUGCCAAAACAGUUGGAGCAUACAAAGUGGGGACAGAUCUGCGAGUGGAAUUUGAGUUCCGUACAGCUCGGACAAAUGGUGUUCUGUUGGGAAUCAGUAGCCAAAAAAUGGAUGGACUUGGCAUUGAGCUGAUAGAUGAAAAAGUGAUGUUCCAUGUGGAUAAUGGUGCAGGUCGAUUUUCUGCCAUUUAUGAACCUGCUGUUGCAGGUAGCUUGUGUGAUGGAAAUUGGCACAAAAUUAUUGCAAACAAGAUAAAGCACCGUUUAGUAUUGUCAGUGGAUGAAUACCAGGUAGAAGGUAUCAGUCCAAAUGCAGCCUCUACUUCAGCAGAUACUAAUGACCCUGUCUUUGUUGGUGGAUAUCCUGAUGGCCUGAAUCAGUUUGGCCUGACCACCAACAUUCGUUUUAGAGGAUGCAUUCGAUCCUUGACUCUCAAGAAAGGGACUGCUAAGGCUCUAGAAAUUAACUUCAGCAAAGCCUUGGAGUUCAAAGGAGUUCAACCUCUAUCAUGCCCUGCAAAUUAACGGCACAUCAUCCAUCUCAGUUAUGGGUCUAACAAGUUAAAAAGAAAAAAUCCACUCUCAUCCGAUGUUUUAAAAAAUCUAUAUUUACCUUAACUUCAUAAUAAAAGUUCCUUAUGCAAA